CCAGGCAUGAAUGCUGAGACUUGCGUCUCUUACUGCGAGUCGCCGGCUGCUGCCAUGGACGCCUACUACAGCCCGGUGUCGCAGAGCCGGGAGGGCUCCUCGCCUUUCAGGGCAUACCCCGGCGGCGAGAAGUUCGGCACAACUUUCCUCUCGGCCGCCGCCAAAGGGCAGGGAUUCGCAGACGCCAAGAGCCGGGCCCGCUACGGCGCGGGGCAGCAGGACCUGGCGGCACCCCUGGAGAGCGGCGCCGGGGCGCGGGGCUCCUUCACCAAGUUCCAGCCGCAGCCGCAGCCGCAGCCGCAGCCGCAGCCGCCCGCCCCGCAGCCGCCGCCGCCGCCGCCCGCGCAGCCCCCGCAUCUCUACUUGCAGCGCGGCGCUUGCAAGACUCCCCCGGACGGCAGCCUCAAACUCCAGGAAGGCAGUGGCGGCCACAACGGGGCCUUGCAGGUCCCCUGCUACGCCAAAGAGAGCUCCCUGGGUGAGCCAGAGUUGCCGCCGGACUCUGACACCGUGGGGAUGGACAGCAGCUACCUCAGUGUGAAGGAGGCUGGAGUGAAGGCACCCCAGGACCGGGCCAGCGCCGAGCUGCCCAGCCCGCUGGAGAAGGCCGACUCCGAGAGCAACAAGGGCAAGAAGCGGAGGAACAGAACCACCUUCACCAGCUACCAGUUGGAGGAGCUGGAGAAGGUCUUCCAGAAGACCCACUACCCCGACGUGUAUGCCCGGGAGCAGCUGGCCAUGAGGACAGACCUCACCGAGGCCCGCGUGCAGGUCUGGUUCCAGAACCGGAGGGCCAAGUGGAGGAAGAGGGAGCGUUUUGGGCAGAUGCAGCAGGUUCGAACCCACUUCUCCACUGCCUACGAGCUGCCCCUCCUCACCCGAGCGGAGAACUACGCCCAGAUUCAGAACCCAUCCUGGAUCGGCAACAACGGGGCUGCCUCACCAGUGCCAGCCUGUGUGGUCCCCUGCGACCCGGUGCCCGCCUGCAUGUCCCCUCACACCCACCCCCCGGGCUCCGGGGCCAGCGGCGUCACCGACUUCCUGAGCGUCUCCGGGGCAGGCGGCCACGUGGGCCAGACACACAUGGGAGGCCUGUUUGGAACAGCGGGCCUCAGCCCGGGCCUCAACGGCUACGAGCUCAACGGCGAGCCAGACCGCAAGACCUCGAGCAUCGCGGCCCUGCGCAUGAAGGCCAAGGAGCACAGUGCGGCCAUCUCCUGGGCCACAUGACAGGGCACCGCUCGGCCCAUCCCCACGCCCUCCCCCACCUUGGGGCCCUGGCCACGCCCACGCUCCCCAGGCCCCCAGCCUCCCGUUCAACUUUCCUCUUAGGAACCUGGCCUGGGCCGGGGGCCCGGCCCUCAGCACUUUCAGCCACCCCAAGUGUGAGGCCCCGUGGGCCACUGGGAGGGAGGGGGCAGCAGGUCCCGCCCGCCCUGGCACCGAGGCCGAGCCCCCACUCCUGGCCGGAGGCCGUGGAGGAAGCCAGGUGGCCGAGUUUUGCAGCUUUGCAUCCAUUAUAAGCUGAAGACCCUUUCUCCCCACUCCUGCUCUUCUGCCCUGCCCAGUUUGAGGGUUGAGUCAAGGCUAGUUUCCCAUCCAGACCGAGCAACGGCCACGUGCCGUCACGUCCGUCCUUCCCUCUGCCGUGUGGUCCCCUGGUCACCGGGCCAGUGACUGUGGCUGAAGAACAGAGUUCUGUUCUUCCGAGUCCUGCAGAGUUGGCCUCCUGCCCCUCCCAUCGCCCCGUUGUCCUCCUAAAAGCCCACGGAAUCCGGCCUCCUGGGCCCAAGGCACCCGCCUCACCUCCACCCACCCUGGCCGUGCCCCUGCGCUGGACCCACCUGGAGCGCUGGACAGAACAGGAGAGGGGCUGGAGCUGAAGAAUCCUGCUGUCAUCCAGCAAUGCUGGCGUCUAGGAGAGUGGACCGUCCCCGAAGGGGCUUGUUCCAGCUCCCUUGCACCUGCAGACUCUGGAUCUCGGUGAACACUGCAAGGGGAGGACACAGGCCACCCACAGCAUCCACAGGGCUGCGAGAAGAAGAGCUUCUAGAGAGAGGAAGAGCUGCCAGGAGGUGUCCGGGAAGGGACAGGGGCUCAGGCACUCACUUCUGCUCUCCUGACCGCCCGACAGCCCACAACCCGCAGGAUGCCUGUUGCAGUGGGCAGGUCUGGGCAGCUUUGUUCUCUAGCCAGUCAGGCCCCUCCAGGAGGACCUGGAGACGCUUGUCCCUUCCCCCACCCAUUCUGGGAGCUCACCCGGGCUGCUGAGCAGUGUCCUGGCGUGGAAGGACUUAUACCUCGGAACACACGAGUAGGGCCUGCAGUCAUGUUGGGAGAGGGGGGUCGAGAGCAGCAUGCGGAAUUUGCUAAAGGAUCUGUGCUCACACUCUGCCUCUCGGCCCCUACAACCGCCUCAGACUGCCUGUCCCUCGCCAGCCAUCUCUGGAGCGGCACCCUACCUGCCCAGAGCCUUCCACGGUGGGUGGGGGCCCCGUGUUCUUCCGGGCGAGGGCAGAGAGAGCCUGCUCUUGCCCUUCAUCCCUAGGGAACCCGAAAUCUCAGCCCCCUCUCUCCAGCCUCUAGAAGGGCUGGUGGGCUCCGCUCCUCUGGGUCGCUCUGUUCCAGAUGUGGGGGGCAGGAUGCCGUCCAGAAGCCGUUUCCCUGCCUGCAGGAAGGUGCCUCCUUCUGGGGAGGAACUCCACCUCUGCCUGAGUGGAGACGAGCAGCUCGAGUUUUGGCAGCAGAUCCAGCCGUCACCUAACCUAGUGGCACACGGUCCCUGUCCUCUGGGGCCGGCCUUGAGAGCCCGAGAGGCCCCUCCAGCAGGCAGCCCCUGGGCACAAGUCAGGGAGGAGGGCCAAGUGCAGCAGGCUUGGGGGCCUGCACACAGGACAGCCUCUUGGUUUGGGUGGAGGGUGAGAUCCUCUGCCCUUGAGCCGCUCAAGGCUUAGAAGGAAUCACAGUUCCCCCCCUGCCUUGUGCUCUCGGCCCUGGAAACAGGCCUGGGGAAGGAUCUGGCUUUGGCUUCCCUUGGUAAGAGUCAGACCUCUUUGUGAACCGUAUAGCUCUAACAUGGAUCUUCUAGAAGUGAAAAGCAUCUUGGACAUGGAGUUAAAUGUUGGUUUUAAAUGUUCCAUAUAUCUGAGGAUCUUGGAAUGACUCUUAGGAAGCCUUUUGCAGUUCUGAGGUUCACUGAAAUAACUCAGGCUCCCCAAAUCUAGGAAGGGAAAGGGAGAAGCACUUAAGGCUGGGAAUCAUUCCCCUUAAGGGCUCUGGUGGCUGGCAAGGACAAGGGAGGAACCCUCAUCACACAUGUUCUUAGCCGGGAGGGGAUCCGUGCAGAGAGAUGGAGAACUGGGAGAUCCCCAGAGGAGGAGGGAAGGGAGGGGGCUCUAGGCAGAUUCUUCUGGAAGGGACCCCUGGUGCUCAAUUCCUCUAUCUGGCUGCUUUCUGGCUGCCCUUCUCACCGACAGAGCCAAGUAUUUAUGAUUCAAAUGUCGGGGUGAAAUGUGCCUGUUCAACUCCCCACAGGUAGUUCCCUGCCCCAGGUCCCCCAGGGCCGGCCCAAUACUCAGAGAAUCAGAAAACCCGGCGCUGGGAGGGACUUAAAGAUCCUCUACUUAGUACACUCCCUUCACAAUGGAGAUGAGAAGGUCCCAGCCCGGGGCGG